UGCAGGUUCUGGGGAGGGUCACUCCCUCCCUGCCAAAGGAAGAGUCCACUUCUCAGUGAAGCCUAGCUGGGCCUGGAUGUGUUAGACGGUAGCUGAUCACUAUGAUUCUUCUUGCUGUGCUUUUUCUCUGCUUCAUUUCCUCAUAUUCAGCCUCUGUUAAAGGUCACACAACUGGUCUCUCAUUAAAUAAUGACCGGCUGUACAAACUCACAUACUCCACUGAAGUUUUUCUUGACCGGGGCAAAGGAAAACUCCAAGACAGUGUGGGUUACCGAAUUUCAUCCAAUGUGGACGUUGUCUUACUGUGGAGGAACCCGGACGGUGAUGAUGACCAGCUGAUCAAAAUCACGAUAAAGGAUGUAAAUGUUGAAAAUGUGAAUCAGCAGAGAGGAGAGAAGAGCAUUUUUAAGGGAAAAAAUCCAUCCAAAAUCUUAAGAAAGGAAAACUUGGACACUUUGAAAAGACCUGUGCUCCUCCAUCUAAUACAUGGAAAGGUCAAAGAGUUCUACUCAUAUCAAAAGGAGCCAGUGGCCAUAGAAAAUCUCAAGAGAGGCCUGGCUAGCCUAUUUCAGAUGCAGUUAAGCUCUGGAACCACCAAUGAGGUAGAUAUCUCUGGGGAUUGUAAAGUGACCUACCAGGCGCAUCAAGACAAAGUGACCAAAAUUAAGGCCUUGGAUUCAUGCAGAAUAGAGAGGACUGGAUUUACAACCCCAAAUCAGGUCUUGGGUGUCACUUCAAAAGCCACAUCUGUCACUACCUAUAAGAUAGAAGAUAGCUUUGUAGUAGCCGUGCUUGCAGAAGAGACACAUGCUUUUGGAAUGAAUUUUCUACGAACAAUUUCAGGCAAAAUAGUAUCGAAGCAGAAAUUGGAGCUGAAGACAACUGAAGCAGGCCCAAGACUGAUGCCUGGAAAGCAGGUUUCAGCCAUAAUUAAAGCAGUUGAUUCAAAGUACACAGCCCUUCCCAUUGUGGGACAAGUCUUUCAGAGCAAGUGUAAAGGAUGCCCUUCUCUCUCGGAGCACUGGCAGUCCACCAGAAAACACCUACAGCCAGACAUCCUGGGCAAGGCUGAGGCUGUCAGAAGCUUCCUGGAUUUCGUUCAGCGCCUGAGGACUGCAAAGAAAGAGGAGAUCCUACAAAUCCUAAAGGCCGAAAACAAGGAAGUACUACCUCAGCUGGUUGAUGCUGUCACUUCUGCUCAGACAUCAGAUUCAUUAGAUGCCAUUUUGGACUUCUUGGAUUUCAAAAGUGACAGUAGUGUUAUCCUUCAGGAGAGGUUUCUCUAUGCCUGUGGAUUUGCCUCCCAUCCCAAUGAAGAACUCCUUAGAGCACUCAUUAGUAAGUUCAGAGGUUCCUUUGCCAGCAACGACAUCAGAGAAACUGUUAUGAUCGUCAUUGGGGCCCUUGUCAGGAAGCUGUGUCAGAAUGAAGGCUGCAAACUCCAAGCAGUGGUAGAAGCCAAGAAGUUAAUUCUGGGAGGACUUGAAAAAGCAGAGAAGAAAGAGGACACCAUGAUGUACUUGCUGGCUCUGAAGAACGCCCUGCUCCCAGAAGGCAUCCCACUCCUCCUGAAGCAUGCAGAGUCAGGACAGGGGCCCAUCAGCCACCUCGCUACCACCGCUCUCCAGAGAUACGAUGUCCCUUUCAUAACUAAUGAGGUGAAGAAGACUUUGAACAGGAUAUACCACCAGAAUCGUAAAGUACAUGAAAAGACUGUGCGCACUACUGCAGCUGCUGUCAUUUUAAAUAACAACCCAUCCUACAUGGAAGUAAAAAACAUCCUGCUCUCUAUUGGGGAACUUCCCAAAGAAAUGAAUAAAUACAUGCUCGCUAUUGUUCAAGACAUCCUACGUUUUGAAAUGCCUGCAAGUAAAAUGGUCCGUCGAGUUCUGAAGGAAACGGUUGUUCAUAAUUAUGACCGUUUCUCCAAGAGUGGAUCCUCUUCGGCCUAUACUGGCUAUGUAGAACGUCAUCCCCAUUCAGUGUCUACGUACAGCCUUGACAUUCUUUACUCUGGCUCCGGUAUUUUGAGGAGAAGUAACCUGAACAUCUUUCAGCGCAUUGGGAAGGCUGGUCUUCACGGUAUCCAGGUGGUCAUUGAAGCCCAAGGACUGGAGACCUUAAUUGCAGCCACUCCAGAUGAGGGAGAAGAGAAUCUUGACUCCUAUGCUGGCAUGUCAGCCAUCCUUUUUGAUAUUCAACUCAGACCUGUCACUUUUUUCAAUGGGUACAGUGAUUUGAUGUCCAAAAUGCUGUCAGCAUCUAGUGACCCUGUCAGCGUGGUGAAAGGACUUAUCCUGCUAACAGAUCAUUCCCAGGAGAUUCAGUUGCAAUCUGGACUGAAGGCCAAUAUGGGGAUCCAGAGCGGUCUAGCAAUUGAUAUAUCUGGUGCAAUGGAGUUUAGUCUGUGGUAUCGUGAGUCUAAAACCCGAGUGAAAAAUCGUGUAUCCCUGGUAAUAGUUGGUGACAUCACUGUGGACUCCUCUUUUGUGAAAGCUGGCCUGGAAAUCAGUGCAGAAACAGAAGCAGGCCUAGAGUUCAUCUCCACAGUGCAGUUUUCUCAGUACCCAUUCUUAGUUUGCCUGCAAAUGGACAAGGAUGGAAUUCCUUUCAGGCAAUUUGAGACAAAGUAUGAAAGGCUGUCCACAGGCAGAGGCUACAUCUCACGGAAAAGAAAAGAAAGGCUGCUAUCCGGAUCUGAAUUUCCGCUCCACCAAGAGAACUCCGAGAUGUGCAGGGUGGUAUUUGCCCCUCAGCCAGAAAGUUCCUCCAGUGGUUGGUUUUGAAACUGAUGGGUGGUGUUUCACUUGAAUUGGUCUCCCCAGAAGGGGUAUGAAGUGACAUGCCUAAGUACUUGCUCUCUGAGAGCACAGUGUUUACAUAUUUACCCAUAUUUAAGAUUUUUGUAAAAAGCUAUGAAAAACCUCAAAUGAUUAAAUUUGGGCCUAUUCAGUAUCCUACCUACAGUGUCAUUUUGAGCCACUAUAAGUGAUACUUUUAGCUACAUUCUUAUUUUUCCUGUACCUCUCUCAAAUCCCAUUUGAUAUAGUGAGAAUAGUUCUGCCCCAAGAAACUAUUGUUUAUAAAAUGCAAAACAAAACACAUGUAUUCUCAGGAGAACCCAAUUUUGUUUCAACAAUUUUCAAGUAACAUGUAUAAAAACCUUUGAUGGAACCUUAAAUGUGGCUUGUUUCUACCAAACAUGUUGCCCAAUUAGAAAGAAAACAUACCUUUUUUCCCCCUUUUUAUGGAAGUGAGGGGAGGGGACAUAACUUUUUAAGACUUGUUAGCUAGCUUUAAGAAUGAAUUUUUAUAUCUUCUCUUAGUUGUACUAAGCAUUGUGGUAGAUGGCAAACUGAAUUAAAAUAUUCAAAUUGAUAUUUAAAAUAUCUUUCUGCUGACCAUGUAGUCAGAUUGCUAGAAGAAAGCCAUUCAGUCCUCUCUGCCUUCUGCCCUGCAAAAAUAUUGGACUUAGCAAUAAGAAUUAGAAGUGUUAAUUUCAGAAACUCCACUCAAUUUUUCUUGUGCUGCAUCUCUUUGAGACUGUAUUGUGGUACACUGUCCUUUAUAAGGGACAUCUUCAUAUAUUCUUCAUUUUAUUGUUUAUUCAAUUGUUUUGUGGUAGAAGUUCCAGUUUGUUUGACUGCAAUCUGUACAAGAGCCAGAAGGGCAGAGAGAAUUUAACAUUGCUUUGAGGAAGUGUUGGAUUUGUACUUCUAAAACAUGAAAUGAAAAAGAUUGUUUUUAUUUGUACAAAUUAAAGGAACCAUGUUAAAAAAUUUUCAAAUAUUUAUUAAUAAAAUGGAUACAUGUGUUUAUAGGGUUAAACUCAAUACAGGUAACAGAUGUUCAUUUGUCCAUUACACACACCCAUACAAUGGAAGUUAACUAGCCCCCCACUGGUUGCAAACUUAAAAUGAUGUGGGAUGAAAUAAAUAUGUGGGAAUCCUAUUGAA